AUGUCUGGAACACCCAAAGUUGAAGGACGAUUUCAGUUAGAUGUUGGCACUGCUGGAGAUGACAUUGGAGCCUUUUUCGCAGUACGGAAUGUGAACAAGCAAUACCCGAUCGAUGAUAUCCCAGAUGACACAAUCGAAUUCGACAUUCUUCCCUAUCGGUAUCAAAUUGGUUCAAAGUUGCGGCGCGCACUAAACAAUCAGGAUCGACGAGACGCUGAAGAAGACAAAAACUACAAGGCCAAAAGCAAGCUGUAACUGUGCUUCUCUUCAAAUAUCUUAUUAAGUAUAAUCUUGCAAAUCCGUGAUGCGAACAAAAACAAUUCGCUACUUCCUACGAUAUACAUAACAGAUCGGCUGUCCAUCAUUGUUCUCAAAA